UCGGUUUCGUCAGAGCCGUUAUUCAGUGCAAAUAGCGAUUUUGUGAUAGCGCUUCAUCAAGGAAGGAAAAUGAGUAGCAGUACAGUGAUAGACGUGUUUGGUCACAUUCUUUACAGUUUUACUCGAGAUGUAUCAGAGCACUAUAAUCCAGAUGAACCGGAAUUUACUGAAGAAUCUUUUGGAUACAGUCCUCUGGAAAGCACAGGACGAGAGUGGUAUCUUCAUCCUGUUGAGGAACUUAUUUACCAAGAAUACAGCGACAGAGAAGCAACAAGCCUUGACUAUUUAGCCUCUUAUAGUUUUAAUAUGGAAAUACACGACGCAAGUUCUAUAGAAGAGAGCACAAACACCCCGGAGACACACCAAGAUGACGACAUAACCAUGGCUUGGAGGCGACUGAGACCCUGCAUUCAACGUACUAUUUUAAAAUCAAUGUACUUCGGAGCUUUGAUUUCGCUUUUAACAUCUUUGCUUGUAGGGAUGAUAUACACGCUGGUAUCGUAUAUAUCCUUUAAAACUAUCCACAUCUGUCAAUACUACCCGUUAAACUCAACGUCACUACAGGUUCAAUGGAUGAGGUCAAUGUCGGAUGUAGUUGGCUGCGCUUUCCUAUAUAUCUGGUUCUUCGCACUCUUAAACUUUCUCUUUCGACCCUUUCAGUUACGCGGUGUUAAAAGAAAACUGUUCUUUGUUUGCCUUAUUACAUAUUUUCUGGACACCAUUUAUCGUGUUGCCCUCCAGGCUCUAGGGAUAUCUCAUUCCUACGUUUCGUAUCCAGUGAAAAUUCCU